GAUGCUGCCGACUACAACAGCAUGACAGAGGACCAACUGAAGCAAAGACUGGUGGACCUGGGGGAAGAUGUGCCAUCCGACAAAGCCUCCAUGAUUGAGCGCCUGUCAUCAAUCGAGAGAACCCGCCAUCUAAUGUAUUGGGAGGAUGGAGCCACGUUGGCCAACCGCGGGUAUAUAGCAUACAUGGUCGCAACUGUAUAUGACUCGGCCAUCUACUUGACCGACACUGAGUACUAUGAAAAGUUCAAAGUGCGCCUGUCGGUACAGUCAAAGGUAGAGCAACCUGAGCUCUAUCUCAUUGCCCGCAGUGGUUCCUCUGAUGCUGAGCAACUCCUCUACACACAGACGAGACGCGAUGACCUACCCUCUCUGCAGAUACAAGUUCAAGCGCCUGAUGGAAGACAGUAUAAGGACAUUUUGCGUUUUUUCAAGGGUGACAAUCCUGCAAGGCAGUUUGAAGUAGGAGAACAGAAAGGGGGUUUUCAUCCUUGUCUCUGCCCUAUUGACAUUAGAUGUGUGCAUAGGUUCUCAGCAUGCUCCCGCACAGACGAGCCUGCACCAACUAUCGAAGAUCGCCGACAGUUUCUCCUUGAAGGGCCCGUGACAUCUCGCAAAGCCUCCUCCAUGGAGCCUGAGCCCUUCGGCCAGCUGACAAAGGAGGAGAUGAAAGAUGAAGUAACGUCUCGAGGUUCAGUGUCAUACGCCGAAGCAGAAAACAUGUCCAAGAAAGACGUGCAACAAGAGAUGAAAGGGAUGCUGCACGGUAUGAAGCGCGCGCCAACACUUCUCCUACCAGACCUGACACAAACCACAGCACAACUGAACAUACAGCAACUGGAAGCUCCUGCCAGCGAGUCCAUGCAUGACUUGUUCAACCAUUCAAAGAACAUUCUCAACGAACUACCGGCUCAUGUGCCAAAAGAGGUCAAGGAAACCAUACAAAGAGUCAAGGACAUUAUCCUUGGAGGCAAAGAGAUAGUGAGGGCAUCAGACAUGCGGUAUGCAAUCAUUAUGCUAAAUAAAGAGUUGGAGAAACAACAGAAGGCGAGCAAUGAAGUCAAGCAGCUGCUGUACACACUUGCAGAGAUGCAGAGACUCUGCUAUUUGGCUGCUGACAAUCGCAACAUGGUCAACAUAUACCGGAUGUCAAACAUCAUGUUUCACCACCAUGUCAUGUUGAAAGAAGUCUUUCCGGGAAACCCCAAAGUCUUGACCCACCGAAAGCUCUGGGGAAUGUACAUCCACUCAUUGAGAGACCACACACCCGUCAUCUACAGAAUUGCUGCAAUAAGCUCUCUCAUGGCUGAAAACGAAGAGCGCCAAUUCGCCAACUUCAAACGUGUCACAAAGUCUUCAGCUUGCUAUGGGACCGAGGGCCACGUGAUCACAAACUACAUGAUAAGGAGUCACUGCAGUGAGAAAGUAGGAGCAAGUGAAAACAGAGGCUGUGUUGAAAAUAAGAUAUCUCAAGUGGCGAAACUGCUCCCCCAAGAGAGAACAAAGAUCCCUGUGGCACUGCUGAAGAAGUACCCACGAGAGGCCCAGGCAUGGUGUGAGCGGGUGUGUGACUUUUUCCAUCGGGGGUACGGCAUCCACUGGCACGUGGAAGGAGAACACGUCAUUCUCCAUGAUGCCCCCUCACAGGACCCGCCCUUCCAUCCAGCUGGCCCAACGAUGCGCCACUUCAGGUCCACCUCUAUCAAGCAGAUGCACAACCUCCUAAGGGACGACUUUCAGCAAUGUAUUGAAGAAGAGAUCCCUAUGCCAGUGAGUACGCUUUGGCUAUACAAUGGCCAAACGCUUGUAAAAAAGGUCAAAACUCCCUUCCUGGACACUGGGCAUGACUUCAGUCAACACGUCCCCUACAUGAGUGAGACUGUCCAGGAAACAGAGGAUGAGGAGGAAAGAGAGGAGAUGCCUGUGGAGCAGGAUCCUGCCUGUGAUGAACCUGAGGAGGAGGAAGAAGUGGUGAUCAGGAUGGAUCCACUGGACCCAGAUCCUGAGCUGGACGAGUUCGAAGAUGGUGGCAGUGGAACGGAGCCAGGCAUGCAGGCAGCUGCCAGCCAUGUACACGUGUGGACUCCAGGCCAGGCACCCUGUAGCAGCAGAGCAGGGAAAAAGGGAGAAUCAAAUGGUUCAUCCUUCCUGGCUACACCGCCUAGGACACCUGUGCAGGAAGCAGGACCCACAAGAAGCACCAUUGAUGCACACAGCAGCAGCACUCAGUCCACUCCAGUCCAGUGCAGCAGUGCUGGGAAGGCUGUGCAGUGGAGAGGUGCAUUCACCCCACCAGACACUCCGAGAGUCCCUGUGGGAAGCAGAGAAAGGAAUGAACCAAAGUGGCAAACCAAGCUUGGUAGUGCCCUUGCAGUUGUCAUCGAGGAUGCCGAAACUAUUCAGCGUGUGGACAGUCUCAAGGCAAGGCUGAAGAUGGAACCACGCAACAAGUUCAUUAAAGCCGAGUAUGACAACUGUGUGGCCGUUGUAUCAACUAGGCUAAGUAAGACGUUACAUGAAGAACGGAAAAACUUCAUGACUUGGGAGAAGUCUUUCGUGACUGAAAAUGGCCGACUGCCCACAGCUGAAGAUGUAAAUGAAAGUGCGCAAGCGUCUGCUAGACAAAAGAGGAUAAGAUACGCUGAGCACCUGUUGAGAAGUUUUGGAGUCAAUCUUCACAUGAUGUGAUCCAGUUGAUUUUUAAUAAUAGACCCCUUUAAACCACACAAACUAGUUUUGUCAUAGGGGGAUGUUACUCACAAACCGUAACGUAAAAGUGUUUGAAAAAGUGUCCCCCAAACCCGGAAGAAGCAGGUGUUUGAUAACAAUCUCUGCCCUGACAGGCCAUUUUUGUGUUGUUUUUUUUUCUUUUUGCAAGCGGGGAAGUCGAACGGGUUCUAUGUUUCCGAACGGGUUGGAUGACGUUUAUGGUUUGUGAGUAAAUUCUCCUCCAAUGACAAAACCCAUUUGUGUGGGUCAAAGGGGUCUAUUAUUAGGCAUCUACCUUGAAGUUAAACUUUAUUUCUGCCAGGCCAUUCCUGGCUUCCAGCUGUGUACUCUACCUAAGUAGACUUGAACAUCUUUUCAAAGAUGUUAGUCAAGUGAAAUAUAAGCAUUGACUUUGUACGAUCAACAAGUUGAUUCUUUCCAAUCUUUAUUCAAUCAAUCCCUGUGGUUUAUUGCAUUUCAAUCGUGUUGUGUAAAACUUUUAACAGGGUGUGACAAGUCCACUAGCCCAAUUGUCCCGAGUCAGUGAAAGUGCUGAUCGGGCAAGCAUAUAACCUCGCUUGCUGAUUGUGCAAGUAUGCUUUUUCCAGGAGUAAGAUUUUGAUAUACUUGUUAUUUUUCACAGCCAUGGCAUCAAGCAUUGGUCAACACAGAAAAAUAGAGCCAAUUGUAAAAGAACUCUAUUGCUGGAAGUGAAAAUACAUUAAGAAAUGGUAUUCAAAUUCAAAGUAAAAAGUUUGUUUGGGCAAAUAAUGUUUUAUAUACUUGUCUGACAGGACGUGUGAAUUUUAGAAAACUUGUUAAACCCUGUU